GGUGGGCGGGGGUAACGGACAUGAGUGACUGGUGGGAGGGGGCGGGGCUUAAGGGUGAGCUAAGGGACGGAUGUGAUCGCUGGAGGAGGCGGGGCUUGAAGGUGGGCGGGGCUAAGGGGUAUGAGUGACAGUUGGAUGUGGGCGGGAUUACAGGCAAUGAGGGGUGUGGACUGUGAGGGGGCGGGGCUAAAGAUCCCCGGGUUUGGUGGGGGCGGGGCUAAUGAUUGACAGGUACGUGGUCUGUGAGUGGGAGUGGCUAAAUAAAUUAGGGGGUGUGGGCCGCAGGUGGGCGUGGCUACUGGGCGUGAUUGACAGAUGUGGGAGUGGUGUCUGAGGGUGAGCGUGGUUAGGGAAAAUUGGGGGUGUGGCCUAUGGGGGCAGAGCCAAUGACCACACUGUUAGUGGGGGUGUGGCUUGAGUGGGGGCAUGGUUAAGGAGGGUGGGGCGGGGCCGCGGGUGUGUUAAGGGGGCGUGGCCUGUUUGGGGCAUGGCCGGAGUAUGGGCGUGGUUAAUGCCUUUGGGGCGGGGCCGUGGGCGUGGUUUGAGGUGGGGGCGUGGUCUGAUGGGGGCGUGGCUUGCUGAGGCCCCACCCCCCAGGCCCGGCACAUCCUGUGCUGGGAUCUGCGGUGCCCGGAUGUGGUGCUGAUGGCCAUGGAGCGGCGUGUGGCCACCAACCAGCGUGUGACCUUUGACCUCGACCCGAACGGCCGCUUGGUGGUGGGGGGGACAGCGGCGGGUUUGUCACCGUCUGGGACACGCGGGGACCACGGGAGCGCGGGGAGCUGCAGCACCGCCUCCGCUUCAGAGCCGUGCGGGACUGCGUCAACGGCACCAGCCUGCACCCACGCUGCCCCUCCUGGCCACCUCCUCAGGUCAGCGCAUUUCCCGACGCCGUGGGACAGUGAUGAGGAGGGGGGGACCCCGAUGAGCCCCCCCGGCGUGGGGACAACGGCCUGCAGCUCUGGUGGUGGGGGGGGACGGCGCUGACUGCUAUGGGGACAGCGGGGACAACUGUGGGGACAGCAGGGAGAUCUAUGGGGACAAUAUGGAAACCUAUGGGGACAAUAUGGAGACCCUUGGGGACAAUAAGAGAACCUAUGGGGACAAUAAGGAGACCUUUGGGGACAACAAUGAGACCCUUGGGGACAAUAAGGGAACCUAUGGGGACAAUAAGGAGACCUUUGGGGACAACAAUGAGACCCUUGGGGACAAUAAGGGAACCUACGGGGACAGCAGGGAGAUGUUUGGGGACAACAGUGUGACCUAUGGGGACAAUAUGGAAACCUAUGGGGACAACAUCAUGACCUACGAGGAUGUCACCGAGCCUUGUGGGGACAACAGCGCGACCCAUGGGGACAACAGUGAGACCUGUGGGACGACACUGUGACCCAUGGGGACAAUGAUAUCUAUGGGGACAACAGCGUGCCCUAUGAGGAUGUCACCGAGCCCUAUGGGACAGCAGUGUGACCCGUGGGGACAAUAAGGAGAUGUAUGGGGACAUCGAUGGGCCAUAUAGGAACAACAUGGAGCCCUAUGGGGACAUUGAUGGGCCCUAUGGGGACAUUGAUGGGCCCUAUAAGGACAACACUGAGCCCUAUGUGGACAAGGUCCCAAUUAUGGGGACAUGGAUGGGCCCUAUAGGAACAAACAUGGAGCCCUAUGGGGACAUGGAGCCCUAUGGGGCGGUGUGGGGCUGUGCUGUGGGGGAGAGGGGGGUCAAUAAAGUUUUGAUAGAAAA